AUGCCUCGCAAGACCAAGUCCAAGCCUACUGAACCCGUAGAAGAGGCCGACCCCAGCGAGACGAGCUCGGUCGAAGAAGAUCUCUCCGUUUCAGAUCCCCCCGUCAUCGACCCAUACGAUGUCCUCCAAGUCUCACGGACCGCGACCGCGGACGAGGUCAAGUCCGCCUACCGGAAACUGGCGCUGAAGCACCACCCGGACAAAGCGCAGGGCGACGAACGGGAGUCGGCGCACAAGAAGUUCCAGGAGAUCGCAUUCGCGUACGCCAUCCUCAGCGACGAACGGAGACGCAAGCGGUACGACGCGACGGGCAACACGGCCGAGAGCGCCAACCUCGAAGAUGACGACUUCAACUGGGUGGACUUCUUCCGCGAGCAGGCGGCCAACGUCGUCAACGGCGAGAUGAUCGAGCAGGUCAAGCGGGAGUACCAGGGCGGCGAAGAGGAGAGGGGCGACGUGUUGGCCGCGUACGAACAGGGCGAGGGCGACAUGGACCUGGUCUUCGAGAGCGUCAUGUGCAGCGAGGUCCUGGAGGACGAAGACAGGUUCAGGAAGAUGAUCGACGACGCCAUCUCCAAGGGCGAGGUCCGGGCGUACGACGCGUACACCAAAGAAGGCAAGCAGAGUCGCGAACGCAGAAAGGCAUCCGCCAAGAGGGAGGAGCAGGAGGCCCGGGAAUACGCGCGCGAGUUGGGGCUGGGGGACGACUUCUUCGGCACAAAGGACGGCUCCUCCACCAAGAAGAAGAAGAAGAAGAAGAAGGAGGAGGAGGAGGACAAGAAGAAGUCGAAGAACAACAAGGAUGCUGGCGACACGGAUGCCCUGCAGGCCCUCAUCCUGCAACGCCAGCAGUCACGCGCCCAGAACUUCUUCGACGACCUCGAGGCCAAGUAUGGAGGCGGUCCGAAGAAAGGGGGGAAGCGCAAAGCGAUCGACGAGCCUCCGGAGGAAGCAUUUCAGAAGAAUGCGAAAAAAACGGCCAGAAAGAGUGCACGAGUUUGA